AUGGGACGAUAUUUGCGCCUAGUGAUUCAGAGUUCACCGGAGCAUGAGAUGUAUUUGCUACUUUUCCAAAGGCAUCGUCCAAUACAUAAACAAAAACCAAGAAGAUAUCCUAGAAAGAAAGCGGCAGCAGCUUACGCAUACGUAGACCUGGAAAACCUGAGCCAUUUCCUUCAGCUCUUCAGACGACAGCGUGGGCCACUACUUGGCGAGAAAGUUGAAAUUAUUCACGAAAAGGUCAAACCUGCGGAAUAUAAUCCUCGAAUCGAUUCGGAUCUUGAAGAGAUGCCAUAUAAUCCUAGACCAAGGCUUGAUAAAAAGUAUGCCAAACUACCGUGGUAUCAAACAGUGCAGCAAACCUUCGAUCACAUAAAUAUAGAUCCUGAAGCACCAGACUUUUCGGAAUUCAUGCCAGUUAUAACUAUACCAAAUGACGAAAAAGAAUGGUGGUUUUAUCAUCAGAGGGACUUUAACCCUUUUAAGGAAUAAUCACUGAGAGGCUUUAUUUCAAGUAACGUUAUUUAACGUAGAACCAAACGGUUGAUACGCCGUUUUUAAAAAUAAAUAUUAAGCUAGCUUACUGGAAAUAAAAUAUUUAAUU